AGAAUAUCCAUUCAAACUUAAUUUAGUAUUGGAUUAGGCUUAACCUGUGUCUGUGAAACCUGUAAGUAUUACAUUUAAAACUGAACAGGGUUGUUGCACUAGCUAGUAUUUUACAAUACCUUUUAGUUGUAACUACAUUGCUAAACAUUUCAGUUUCAAACCUUGUAUCUCCAUGUCUUAAGAAUUCCAAUUUACAGUGCAGUCCAUAAGUACUUGGACAGUGACACAUUUAUUUAUUUUUUCUUUGGGUAAUGUCGUUGUGGUCAGGGUAUGGCAAAAAGGGGCGGCCUGUAACGUAGUGGUUAAGGUAAAUGACUGGGACACGCAAGGUCGGUGGUUCUAAUCCCGGUGUAGCCACAAUAAGAUCUGCACAGCCAUUGGGCCCUUGAGCAAGGCCCUUAACCCUGCAUUGCUCCAGGGGAGGAUUGUCCCCUGCUUAGUCUAAUCAACUGCACAUUGUUCUGGAUAAGAGCGUCUGCCAAUUGCCAAUAAUGUAAUGUAAUGUAAUGUAAUGCAAAUCAUGGAAAUACAGGAAUAUGCAGCGUUUGUAGUAAAGACCAGGCCACGGGUCAUGAGCCAAGCAAACAGGGUGAUGGGGAAUCAGGCAGGCAGAUGUAGAAGGACAGGUGGAGGUCGAAGCCAGGUAGUGAGAACAUGGUGCUGGAGAAGCGUGAAGAAAGGUGCUGGAGGAUGGUCCAGAGCAGGUCCAGGGUGAGCAAGGAUCCGAUUCAGGGUAGGGUAGCAAACAAACAUGGACACAGGCAGGCUUAAAAUCCACACUUAUCUCACCUUUGACACAUCAACACCUACAUCCUGGAGAGUGUUCUUGGUCUGUUGAACAGUUACAACUGGAUUUUUCUUCACCUUUCAAAGGGUCCUUAUGUCAUCCACUACACUGGCCUCUCCAUCGUCUACCAGGCUGUUUGCCAUUGCUUAGCUCACCAGUGCGUUCUUGCUUAUCAACAAUGUACCAAAAAGUAGAUUUUGACACACCUAUUUUUUUGGGCUAUGUCUCUGAUUAAUCUAUUGUAAUUUUUUACUAAUAUUAAUAUUAGUCCUCUAUUGCAUAAUGGAAAUAAUGUAAUAUAUACACUGAGCAUUUUAUUAGGUAGACCUGUACACCAGCUUGUUAAUGCAAAUAUUUAAUCAGCCAAUAAUGUGGCAGCAACUAAAUGCAUAAAAGCCUGCAGACAUGGUCAAGAGGUUCAGCUGUUUUUUAGACCAAAUGUUAGAAUGGGGAAGAAAUGUGAUCUAAGUGAGUUUGACCACCAUGGUGGUUUGAGUAUCUCAGAAGGCUUAAAGCAGCAUGCAGUGUGAUGCAAAAUCCGAAGGACCAAAUUGGAAUGGAAUAGGUCUUCUUUUGCUGGGCUCAGAAAAAAAAAUAGAUUCGCCCCUGGAGUGUAAUUAGUUCAGUGUGAAGAAAUGUUACAGUUGAAAAGUAAUAUAAAUACUAUCAUUUGGCCAUGGUAAAAUCUUUGACUUUGUGAAAUUUGCUUUUUGGCACCAGAGGCAUACAAACGUGCAAUACCUCGAGUAAGUUUGCGAGAUUCUCAGAGAAUGGAAAUCCCUGCCCCUGGCUAACGUAAUCUUACAUUUUAUUUUAUUCGAACAGGCAGCGUAAUAAAAGACUAAGAAAAAUAAAUACAUAGUUAUCCUUUCAACCACUCUGAGCUCUGAGCUCCCAGCUCCAUCGAGCGGCUUAGUUAGAUCACGUGAUUUUACACGUGACUGGAUCUGCUGCAUUGUUGAUAUACGGUAGUUUGUUUGAUAGGCUGGCUGUUGGAUCAGUAGGCAAUGCUGCUCUAGUGGUUUCAUAACGAAUCAGUACCACUACCUACUUACCUAGAGAGAUAGGCAUACUCAAAAUGUCGUUUUGUUCUUUUCUGGGUGGUGAGGAAUUUAAAGACCACUUCAAACCAGGUAUUUAUGUGUGUGCCAGUUGUGGGCAUAAGCUGUUUUCCAGCAGAUCCAAGUUUGAGCAUUCAUCUCCUUGGCCGGCCUUCACCGAGACCAUACGUGAGGACAGUGUUACCAAACGUCCUGUGUGGAAAGUGUGGGAAUGGACUGGGGCACGAAUUCCUCAACGACGGGCCAACGGAGGGAACGUCUCGCUUCUGAAUAUUCAGCAGCUCGCUGAAGUUUGUCCCUAA